AUGACUUUCAGGAAAUUCAAGAAGUCUACGAGAAACAAGUCAUCGACCAAGAUACCUGCAACUCCCGCCGUACCAGAAUACACCGAAACCGUGAAUAUGGAGGCUGUCCAGGUUGUGGCCGACGCCAGUGAACACGUUCCUGCCGGAGUAGACGUUCAUGUCAAGUUAGUGUUCAAGGGUGGAGAUAUUGUCGCUUGCCAGGUCGAGCAUUUAGGCGCACAGCAUAGUGUUCCGCUAGGAGUAUCCGGGACUUCCACUCUCGUCCACCGGACGCCCGAGGGGACGCCCAGGCUGCGUCCACAAGAUCUCUCAGUCUCAGAUCUCAAGCUGACUGCAGCUUCGCGUAUCCUUGGCUCCCCGCGUUCUCCGGGUCUUACCACCCGUGAUUUCCGAGUAUAUCAUAUAUUGGGCUGCGGCGCUCAGGGGACGGUGUCGUUGGUUCAGCAUCUCGUGAACGGGCGAUUCUAUGCGCUAAAGGCGACCAAGAAGAGCGCUCUCAAGCCAACUCAUUACGCGUUCGUGUUCCAGGAGCAGACAAUUCUCAAGAGCGUCUCUGGGAGCCCUUGGUUUCCCCACCUGCGGGGCAGCUUCGAGGACAGCGAGAAUCUCUAUCUUCUCACGGACUUUUACCCUGAAGGUGACCUUGCGAGGAGGAUCUACAAGAAAGGCAGGUUGGAAGCUUCGGAAGCGCUGCCGUACUGCGCACAGCUCGUACUCGCUUUGGAACAGCUGCACAACCGCCGUAUCAUACAUCGCGACCUCAAGCCAGCGAACGUCCUCAUCACUCGUGACGACAACCUCGUGCUCUCCGACUUCGGCUUAUCCAAAGCGUAUGGUCUGAGCGCCGAGCAGCAACCUUGGAGUCUGCGGGAGGAGUGGGCCUCGCAUCACGCCCGUCCUCGAAAGUCCGAUGUGGCAGACGUAUCUCGACGCGACUGCGGAACGACGGGGUACAUGGCUCCGGAGGUCUCUCGGGGCGACUGGUACACGUACUCUGCUGACGUCUUCAGUCUCGGGGUCGUGUUCUUUGAGAUGAUUCACGGCAAGCUUCCUUACGGUGUCAAGUGCGGCGGCGCUCGCGACCAGCGGGUGGUGUACGAGAGGAUGAUGACACAACCUGUCGUGGUGAGGCCGGAAAUUGGUGGAGAGGCCCAUGACUUACUCUCCUGGAUGCUGAAGAAGGAGCCGUCGCGUCGGCCGACCUUGGAACAGAUCAAGAAUCAUCCCUGGUUCACCGCAGUGAAAUGGAAAGAGCUGGCGCGCAGAAAGCAACCCUCUCCAUUGCGACCCUCCAACAACUUCCCACCUUCGAACACCCCCAAGAUAUCUUUCGGGACGCCAUACGCGGAGGGUGAAACCCCUCACUGGUGGUACCAGUGGCUCUGCCCUACGUUCCCCCGCAAGUCCCGCCGCGUGAGCACGGCUUCUGCCCCACCCCCUGCGGACCCGAUACAGAGAAGCGCUAGUGUUCCUGCCCAUCUUUCCGCCGUCUUCGCGUCCCGAAUGCCGCCGCUUCCACAGACUCCCCGCAUGUUGCUCACGCCGCCCCUUACGCCCAUCGUAGCGAACGGAGAGUUCACCCGGGGGUCCGGGCACGGGCAGAGCCAGUCGCUGGCUGUUCCGCGCCCAUCGCUUGGGCAGCGUUCGUGCUCAGCAGCGACCCUUGUCUCGGAGGGUAGCCACGUGAGUCGCAUUGCCCAGAUCCAGGACGAGAAGCAAUCGGCACAUGCAUCUGGCGAUCCGGACUUCCAUUCGAUCAAGCUCAGCUCUCAGAGUCGUACGUUCACUGCGAAUUCCCCACUACUGGAGCCAGCGACACUUCCGCCCCCGCCCACCUUUGCUGAUGACUGCCCGGUUUUCACUGAAGAGCGUACGAAUGACCGAGACGAAUUCGGCACGACCUCACCGUCUACUUCGCCGAAAACGUCUGCGUUGGUUGCACGAGUGUGGUGUGCACUACGUGGGGUGCGCCGCAAGAAGGGUCUGAAGCCGCUGGAUCUUCUAGAUUAA